GGUACACCGAGAGGGGGACGACUACACACCGAGAGGAGGGGGCUGGAAGUCUGAGUCGCUUCCAGCCUGAAGGGGCCGGCUCUUUGGCCACAGCUGCACGGACUAGCUAGCCUGUUCUGAGCGGCUAAGUGAAUGGGAUGGAGCCGGGACCGUCUGGCGCUGUGCCCAUGGGGGUCUUCCCCCCGCCCCUGCAGCAGGUGUUCCAUGCCCCCCGCCGGCCGGGCAUGGGCACAGUGGGCAAGCCCAUCAAGCUGCUGGCCAACUACUUUGAGGUGGAGAUUCCAAAGAUGGAUGUGUACCACUAUGAGGUGGACAUCAAACCUGACAAGUGCCCUCGACGAGUCAACAGGGAGGUGGUGGAAUACAUGGUACAACACUUCAAACCCCAGCUCUUUGGAGACAGGAAGCCAGUUUACGAUGGCAAGAAAAAUAUCUACACGGUGCUAGCACUUCCAAUCGGGAGUGAGAAGGUGGACUUUGAGGUUACCAUCCCAGGCGAGGGGAAGGACCGUAUCUUUAAGGUGUCUAUCCGUUGGCUGGCCAAGGUGUCAUGGCGCCUGCUGCAGGAGACACUGGUCAGCGGGAGGCUGCAAGUCCCCCUCGACUCCGUUCAAGCCUUGGACGUCGCCAUGCGCCACCUGGCCUCUAUGAGGUACACUCCAGUUGGGCGUUCAUUCUUCUCCCCACCCGAGGGAUACUACCACCCGCUGGGAGGGGGCCGGGAGGUCUGGUUUGGGUUCCAUCAGUCUGUUCGUCCUGCCAUGUGGAAGAUGAUGCUCAAUAUCGACGUGUCCGCCACGGCCUUCUACAAAGCCCAGCCCGUGAUCGAAUUCAUGUGCGAAGUUUUGGACAUACGCAACAUAGACGAACAGCCAAAAACACUAACAGAUUCACAACGAGUGCGCUUCACCAAGGAGAUUAAAGGUCUAAAAGUGGAGGUGACGCACUGUGGGCAGAUGAAGAGAAAGUACAGAGUAUGCAAUGUUACACGACGUCCUGCCAGCCACCAGACGUUUCCCCUCCAGCUCGAAAGCGGGCAGACCGUAGAAUGUACAGUGGCCCAGUACUUCAAGCAGAAGUACAAUUUGCAGCUAAAAUACCCCCACCUGCCCUGUCUCCAGGUGGGGCAGGAGCAGAAGCACACCUACCUGCCUUUAGAGGUGUGUAAUAUUGUAGCAGGCCAGAGGUGUAUCAAGAAACUGACGGAUAAUCAGACCUCCACUAUGAUCAAAGCCACUGCCCGCUCUGCUCCAGACAGACAAGAGGAGAUCAGCCGCCUGAUGAAGAAUGCAAACUUCAACCUGGACCCAUACAUCCAGGAGUUUGGGAUCAAAGUGAAGGAUGACAUGGCCGAGGUGACAGGCAGGGUGCUCCCAGCUCCUAUCUUACAGUAUGGAGGACGGAAUCGUGCUAUUGCUACCCCCAACCAGGGAGUCUGGGACAUGAGGGGGAAGCAGUUUUAUAACGGCAUUGAGAUCAAAGUGUGGGCCAUCGCAUGCUUUGCCCCACAGAAACAGUGCAGAGAGGAAGUCCUUAAGAACUUCACAGACCAGCUGCGUAAGAUCUCAAAGGAUGCUGGGAUGCCAAUCCAGGGCCAGCCUUGUUUCUGUAAAUAUGCCCAGGGAGCAGACAGCGUGGAGCCCAUGUUCAGACACCUCAAAAACACAUACUCUGGACUGCAACUCAUCAUUGUCAUCCUCCCCGGAAAAACUCCUGUCUAUGCUGAAGUGAAGCGAGUUGGGGACACUCUGCUGGGCAUGGCCACACAGUGCGUUCAGGUGAAGAAUGUGGUGAAGACAUCUCCUCAGACCCUCUCCAACCUCUGCCUCAAGAUCAACGUCAAGCUGGGAGGCAUCAACAACAUCCUGGUCCCUCAUCAGCGGUCUGCCGUGUUCCAGCAGCCUGUUAUCUUCCUGGGAGCAGACGUCACGCAUCCCCCUGCUGGAGAUGGGAAGAAGCCCUCCAUUACUGCUGUGGUAGGCAGUAUGGACGCCCACCCCAGCAGAUAUUGUGCCACUGUGCGGGUGCAAAGGCCCAGACAGGAGAUCAUUGAGGAUUUGUCUUACAUGGUGCGAGAACUGUUAAUCCAGUUUUACAAAUCCACGCGCUUCAAGCCCACCAGGAUCAUCUUCUACAGGGAUGGAGUGCCCGAGGGACAGCUGCCACAGAUUCUGCACUAUGAGCUCCUGGCCAUCAGGGACGCAUGUAUCAAACUGGAGAAGGAUUACCAGCCGGGCAUUACCUAUAUUGUAGUGCAAAAACGCCACCACACGCGCCUCUUCUGUGCUGACAAGUCUGAAAGGAUUGGAAAGAGUGGUAACAUUCCUGCAGGGACCACAGUGGACACCAGCAUCACUCACCCCUUUGAGUUUGACUUCUACCUGUGCAGCCAUGCAGGCAUACAGGGUACCAGCAGACCGUCCCACUACUACGUGCUUUGGGACGACAAUCGCUUCACUGCGGAUGAGUUGCAGAUCUUAACCUACCAGUUGUGCCACACGUAUGUGCGUUGUACCCGCUCUGUCUCCAUUCCUGCUCCAGCCUACUAUGCGCGACUUGUAGCCUUCCGUGCCCGCUACCAUCUGGUGGACAAAGAACAUGACAGUGGAGAGGGCAGCCAUGUGUCCGGUCAGAGUAAUGGCCGGGACCCUCAGGCUCUGGCCAAAGCCGUGCAGAUCCACCAUGACACACUGAGGACCAUGUACUUCGCCUGAGCUCCAUGACCCCUCCCACCUCAUACUUACUGUGGGCUGCAGCUAGCCCACUGCCACCUCAUCCCCAUCCCUUCUCCCCAGUGACUCCCACUACACACCCUUUACAGAGCAUAGAGUCAUCAGAACCACAAACAUGCCCUCACCUGUGCCACGCAGGCACUCUACAGCCUCAUGCACUCAAACGGUUUGAAUCAUUUUAAUGUUUUUUGUUGAUUUUUUUUUUUUUUUACCUUUUACCAGGACUAUUGUUCUUUUUAUGUUGACUUUUUAAAACCUGGGUAUUAAUAUGUAAAUGUAUUGUAUAGGGGUAGCACGGUUCAGGAAAAAAGCCGAACCAUUCGGUCACAGUUCAGGACGUGUGCGCACCGCACGGUUUCCACGGUUCCCGGCUUGCACAUGGUAGCCUCGUGCCCGUAUGUGACCUGUUUCGCUUUGACACAAAAGAAGAGGUGUGGAGGGUGAAUGCUGCGUGUUACGUGUAGAAAUGGCAAGCAGGAGAGAAGUAGAAAGACAAGACGGCCGCCAGGAGAUGGAGGAUGCGCCCGUGUCAUUUAGGGCCUGGCUCCACAGCACGCAUCAGCGUUUACACGCAUAACCUCGCGAAACCACAGCCACGCGUCAACGCAAAGGCGGCUCCACCAGCAGCUGCAGCAGAACAUACACGCGCAGCACUGGCUCUGUUUGUCAAUGGGAAAGACGAUCAAACUUGACUGGGUGCGUUUAGCCACUUGUAUCAGGCCCACAGUGAAACUAACAGCUGAACAGGCAAAUGCGAGGAUUUCAAAAGUAAAUUUUAAAGCACUAAUUAACAGUCUUUCUGGACCUGUGCUCUUUCAGACGACACAGAUCUGCCCCAGGAGUACAUUACACCAUAGAUUAAAGAUUAAAAAGAAAAAAAUUACAACAAGAACCAUACAGAACCAAAAACCGCGACUUGAAACCAAUACAAACCGAACCGUGAAUUUUGUGAACCGUGCCACCCCUAGUAUUGUAAGCUACCUUCACACUCCUAUCUAUGUAAGUAUGCAUUACGGAUAGGGGAGAAAUGGGCAAGAAAAAGAUAAUAUCUGAAAAUAUCUUUUUUUACUGCCACCACGAUGCUGCCUCCAAACCUAUCCGAAUGCCAGAUGCCAGUGUUUUGUGUCCUUACCUGUGGGCAUCCUACGUGUGGCACUAGGCGCAUACUUACAUGUGUCAUUCACUUACGAUCAUGUCAUGCUUUGGGAUUAUGUUUUUAAGUAUUUUUACUGCAUUAUGGAGAAUUGGAGUAUAUGGUACAUUAGCACUUAGUGAUAGCAUGUAGGUGCCACAAGUCCUGCACAUACAAGUUUGUCAGUAUGUACUGUACACUGAAGUCUCCUGGCCUGGGACUCAAGGAGCAGGCAUAGCAUAUCAUAGACACAGAAGAGAUUUUCUUUCACUCUCUGUGCUGGAUGGCACGUCCCUUAGAGAACUAGCCUUAGGCAUCAUAGAGUAACAGUAGAGGGACCAUUUGUUUAGAGUGUGUCAAAUAUAUUGUACUUGCACCCCAUGCACCUAAACCAGCAUUAACCAGCCAAAAGUGAUCCCAACCAAUGGAAACGGGCACUUAGACAGGAAGAUAAUCUUUAUUUCUGCUUUUAGGAUUUUUGAGGCACUUUUAUUUACUUUUUGUUUAAUUGCUGCAAAAUGAUGAGUUUUCUUCCUGAGUAUGACAUAGAUUAUAUAGCGUUUCUCACACUUACACUUGCUCUCAUAACAAAAAGGCAACUAAGGCAAUAGAUAAGGUCAACACACCUCAGUAGAUUUGAAUGCAGGCAACUACAAAAGUCUGUGACCACACAAGUGCUGUAAAGCUGAACUUAAGAUUCAGCCAUUGACCUUGCUCUGAUCAUUGUGCACAUUCCAGCCUGUAUUAGCAGAGCUUACGCUUCGGCAUGCACCCUAAACAUCCACCCACACGCUCCAGCUCUCACGUGCACAUACCCGCUCCACUGUAACAACAUUAGUCAAAGAUUCUUCCCCUCACUAAAACGUGUCACUCAGCCUUGUUGGCAGAAGCACAGAUCUCUCUGCCUUGAGUCUCUUCCAUUGUAUGCAGACUUCUUAAUGCACUUGUCCUUUUAUCCUUAUUACUAAAAAUAGUCACUACGACCCACACUUCAUUUCACCCCAUCACCUGAUGUGUUGUGACUUUGAAGAACCACACCUGCAGCGCUCCUGGCCCGACCCCCAGCCUGUGCCCGCCACUCCCUAUUGGUGCUCUGUGUGCAUGGGCGGCACAGGCAGGGGACUGCUGCAUCUACAAAGAGUGGGCAGUUAAAGCUACGGAACAUGCCCUGCCUUUACAUCUAGUCACUUUUGGGAGUUAAUGAAAAAAAUGCAUGUAAUAUUUUUAUGACUGGAUAUUCUGAGCCACCUUAUUCUGGUUUCUUAGAGGUAGGAGCUGUGUGCUCACCACUGCCUGUCAGUUGUUUUGCCUCGAUUGUGUAAUGGUUAUAAUGACUGCUUAUUUUCUUUUUUUUGUUAUUAUAUGAGUAUUGUGACUAGUGUCAAAGUGUAUCCUCAAGAGGGCACUGUAGAGACUGUCUCAAAGUUCCACCUCAGAUGCCCUUAAAGCGCCUCAAACCUUGUCUGAUGGGUAAAGCCCUUUGAGAUGAAAGGGAUCAAAAGAGAUCAGAUAAGUGUGAUUUUUAAAUCAUCUUUAUGAACUUGCGUAAUCAAAAUGCCUUUGUACACCAUUUUACUGAUUCUUCAUUGUGUCCAAGGUGAUUUGUAUAUAUAAAUGCAUAUAUAAUAUUAACCUGUUAUGUAUUCCGGCUCACCCAAAGCUGGGCCUGUCACAGUCGGGGGCCAGUGUUCCUACCCCCUUUCUGUACUUAAAAAAAUGAGUCUGGGGGCAUUAUCCAGCACCACUGAAUCCAGAUGCAGUCCUUCACUCACUGAAGCCACAAAGCACCUUGUAACUGGGGGUGACCAUUGACAGUCCCCCCCACCUUGUAACCGGGGGCGACCAGUGACUGUCCCCCCUUCCAAUGCAUCAUGUGGACAGCGGAGAGGGCUCUUCUCUCCACGCAGCCUCACUGUCUGACUAAGCAAUAUCGAAGCCACUGAUCAAGAACAGUCCUUGUCAAAGCACUUCCCAAUACAUUUGAAUGAAAGGACAUGGAAGCAUACUAUUUUGGCUCUGUAUGUU